CCUUGUAGGAUUAUAACUUCACAGUGGAGCUUUUUGUAUCACCAUUCUUGGUUCAAGAGUGGGAAGUGCCAGACAAGAACGGAACGAAGAAGGAAACGCUUCGUCUCGAUUUAGUUGGCAGAUCUUCAGAUCAAUAUAAAGAUGCAGAUAUCAUUGUCUUCAACACUGGUCAUUGGUGGACUCAUGAUAAAACUUCCAAAGGGAAGGACUAUUACCAAGAAGGUAGCCAUGUCUAUAAUGAACUAAACGUCCUCGAGGCAUUCCGAAGAGCGAUAACUACUUGGAGCAGGUGGGUUGAUGCCAAAGUAAACCCAUCCAAGUCUAUGGUCUUCUUCAGAGGCUACUCUGCUUCCCAUUUCAGUGGUGGACAAUGGAAUUCGGGUGGAGCAUGUGAUAGUGAAACCAUGCCUAUAGACAAUGAGAAGUACCUAACAGAAUACCCUCCUAAAAUGAGAGUUUUGGAGAAGGUGCUGCAGAAUAUGAAAACUCAUGUCUCUUACCUUAACAUCACUCGAAUGACGGAUUUCCGGAAGGAUGGUCAUCCCUCAAUAUACAGGAAGCAAAACUUGUCACCGGAGGAAAGGAAAUCGCCAUUGAGAUACCAAGACUGCAGUCACUGGUGCCUUCCGGGGGUUCCGGAUGCAUGGAACGAGAUCCUCUAUGCUGAACUUCUGGUGAGGCAGUACAAAAAAAAGCAGCCGCAGAAGAAAGCAUAGGUAUUAAACCACUCAUCACCAAUGUUCUUUCCCACGAUGAGUUUAAGCUGAAAGCUUAAGCUUUAUACAGAUGCAAUAUACCAUUUUUGUCCCAUCCAUUUUCUUGGAUAGGGAAAGCAAGAUUCCAUAUAGAGAAUUCCUUUUCCACAUCUACAUUUUCCAAGGUUCAUAUAGUUAAUGUCAAGUGCAAAGAUAUAUACACAUAAAUAUUACCUUGAAACUCUGCAAUAAAUUUGUCCAUAUGAGAAGCGUAGGUUUGUAAGGCUGGUGGUGUUUCUUAUUGCAAAUCAUCUCCUUGCAUUGAAAAGUUGAUCCUAUUGUACAUCUCAAAUCAAUUAGAUUUUGUUUAUUUUUAAUGUAAUCAAAUUAUUUAAAUAUAAUAUGUUCUUGGAGGUUCUAUAUAGUUGCUAAAUUUAUCUGA